AUGCUGCCUACUAUCGGUAACAAAAAUAACAACGAAAGAUGGGUAAAGAAAGUAAAAGCACUCGAUGUCGAUGAAUACAAAUUGAUGCUAAUUUUGCAUGCUGUGAUUUUUGGCAAAUGCGGUCAUACAGUUUUUGUUUGUAUACAGAAACAGAAAAUCAGUUUUGAAAAGAUGAAUCAAUUGCCAGACGUAAAGCGCAAGCGAGAACUCCAGUUGAAAAGUCGCCCGGCAGACGAAACCUUGAAUAUGUUUGACUAUUUCGAGGAAAACAUGAGCAUUGAGAGACCAACUGCUAAAAUGUACUACGCACUUGUGAAGCUCUCACGACUCGAGGCGCAACGACAGCAGUUGCGCGAAAAGCAUCUGAAAUUCGAGCUGGAGAGAUUCGAGUGGGCGAAGGAGGUGGACGACAGGCGCCUAGCGAUUGAGGAGCAACGGGUGAAGAAUAAGCAUGAGGAACGCAUGCUCGAAAUGCAACUCAAAUACAAAAAAUAAACACUAAUUGUAUGACAUUUUUAUUUCCGUAAACAUAUUUAUUUUUUUGUUUUAGUGCACUUCAAAUCACAGUAAGACCCGAUUUCCAUUGUUGGUCAUGGUUUGCCAUCACAAACUGUUUAAAAGUAGCUAAGCAGUUUAGUCAAUUUUGACUUGCUUUAUUAAAGUACAAACAUUCUCACAUAUGUAUAUAAUUAUAUUUGGUUUAUCCUUAGUUUUAAUGCAAUUUAUUUAAAUUAUUAUAGGACCACUUUUUGAAUAGAAUGCUUAUUUUUUAUAAUAAUUAUUAAACAAAUAUACUUUAAGUAUAAUAUUUAGUUUGGUUUAUCUUUGAUUAUAUGACUGAGGAAUACAUUUUAAAUAUAUGUAUUUAUACUCCAUCUGUAAUUAUAUUUACAAAUGUAUAUUGUGUUAUGCAAUAAU